AUGAUGAUGAUGAUGGACAAAUGUAUGGCUAUGCAAAAUGGUUUUCAAUUUGCAAUGGGAAGAAGUCAACAAUGUAUUUUAUUUCUUUUUCCAGGACUGAAUAUUGAUACUCGAAUUAAAUAUGCAUUAUUUAUUAUUAUUGUAUUUUGUAUGGGAAUAUUCAAUGAAAUAAUAAUAUAUAGUCGACAUCUAUUAGUACAAAGAACAAAUGUAUGGUCAUCUAUAUUUGUUCAACAAUUGUGUAUAUCGUUAUCAUAUGGAGUUCAUAUGUUAUUUGCUUAUUGUUUAAUGUUAUUAGUUAUGACAUAUGAUAUUGGUAUUUUUAUUGCUCUUAUAUUUGGUUUAAUUUUGGGACAUUUUAUUUUUGGUAUUAUUAGAAUUCGAAACCGAACUCAAAUUAAUUCUUUAACAACGGAAACAACACCAUUGAUCAACACUUCAUCUCAUGAUCAUUCAUUUUCUACUCCGUGUUGUCAAACUGAGUAA